AUGCCCAGUUCACGGUCUAAUAUUAGGGUGGAGGUCACCUUUAAGAACCCCGUAGUCUUUGCUGGUGAGUCUCUGAAUGCCAUAGUCACGUUCAGGAAUAUAUCUGUUGGUGAAUCUGGUCUUGAAGAAGGUGGUAGCUCUGGUUACAGGGGCAAUAAUGGUCAGCAGGGAGGUGGCCAUCAGCGAUAUAAGUCGACAAUCGAUGCCAGUUUAUCACAGAAGCCUCGCCCCCACAGGAAAUUGGGCCGAAGUGCUGACUUGUCAAAUGGAAAAGAUCCUAUAUUAGAGGCCGAUUCUGACAACAACCACUUAAAUGGCAACGGGACUAAAAAUGGUCUGGAAACAGAUCGUGAAGCUGUCAGUGGAAGUGCCCAUGGAAGCGAUGGCGUCCCCACUGAAGCAUCGUCUGGUAUAGACUCGUCGGUGGAUUCUCCAGUUAGAGAGAACAGUAGAGCUGCUCUUGCAGAUGAUGAUGACGACUCCUCGUGGCUUUCUGGUCGUCGAUUAUCUAUGCAAUUGGCCAAUUCGUUUCGAGAGUUCUACAAUGGCGGUAAUAACAGUUCGACUGCUAUCACAAGGUCGUCUACAGGACUGGGGCGCUCGGCUUCAACUGCUACGCGAGGUGGUUCAAAAUUAACCAGAUCUUCGACUGGUGCAGGUGGCAGAUCCGGUAUAAAUGCUUCUGGUGACAAUGGUGCUAUCAGCUAUCAAUCCAGUCUCGCCGCCAGUCGCAAUAAUCUUGCAUUGGCAGGCUCUCAAGGACUCCCGCCAGUAAAUCUCUUGAUGGGAUUUGCUCAAUUGCAAGGAUACUUUCAAGUCGAUGACACGAUAGUGUCGGCGGAGGUAUUUGAACAUGUAAAGACACAGGGAAUUGUCGUUGGUCAUAAUGGAUUAGAGUAUAAGAGUGGUCGUGGUGACACUGGUCUUCUAAGAGGACUGACCUCUGGACUAGGUUCCUUUGGUGGGUUUGGUUCCUUUUUUAAAUCUGACGAUAAUCCGAAUAGUAAUCCCACGGCUCGCCAUGGUGUUUCUAAUUCUGGGUCGGGUGCCAAUAACGGCCCCUCUGAUAUCCCCAUCUUUUCGACCCCGCAGUCGCUACUGUUUGUUGAUUUGAAACUGGCUCCUGGUGAGUCAAAGUCUUUUAGCUAUCAACUCAAUAUUCCAAAGACACUGCCACCGUCUUGUAGAGCGAAAGCCAUCAGCAUUUACUAUAACCUUGUUAUUGGAACCCAGAAGCUCAGUUCGCGUGGAACUCCCGAACCAAAAAUUAUUCUGGUACCAUUCCGAGUGUUUCCCUUUGUCGAUAGUUCUGGUAACCAGCCCAGCCACAACCUUCAUGAUCCAAUUGUAUUAAAGAAAGAUGAGGCCGUCAUUACUCAGCUUAACGAAAGACGACCAAGUGUCAAAAGUUUUGAGGCUCUGGAGCAAAAACAACGAUCGCCUAAUACUAAUCAGGAUAGUCCUGCAUUCAAGAAAUGUAAAGAAGAUUUUACUAAUUAUCUUGAUGACCUCUUAACAAACACUGAACCUCUUUCAGGGGAUACAUCUCUGAGCGAUAUAAAACUAGGCCAAGAAUCGUCUCGUCUCUUACGGCAUCGGUCAUCGCUCCCUGUAGUGGGUGGACAAGAAGAAUAUACAGCACGAGAGAAUAUCGAUUUUUUUAUUAAGUACUAUCAACAGAUACAAGCUCAACAGUCACAAGCAUCUCCCCAACUGGCCCUCGAAAUGCCCAAUUCCGAUUCGCAGUUUGAUCCACCUUCAAUAUCACCCCCACAGUUGCAACCACAAUUAGCACCCGAACUAAAAACAUCAUCGAUGCCCCAGCUAACGUCUCAUAAAGUCAGCUUCGACAUUAACCUCCAUGGUCAUCGUAUUGCAUUUAUUUACCUAUCAAGACCGAUUUAUAGAAUAGGAGAAGAUAUUAUUCUCGUGUUUGAUUUCACCAGUUCUGUUCUAAACUGUCAUCAUAUCACUGCCACAUUAGAGACUACUGAGAAGUUAGGUGCCGAUAUUUCAUUGAAAUCGCCACAAGAAGUCGUGUCCAUAACUCGAAGGAUAUUCUCACACACUGCUAUUUCAACAUUUGCCUCAUCCAGAACAUGUCUUCAGUUUACAAUUCCAUCCACCGGCACGCCACAAUUCAGUACAUCAGACAUUUCGCUGGGAUGGUCAAUCAGAAUCGACUUUAUCACCAGCUCACAUCGCUUGCCAGAUGACCAGCAGUCACUACUCAAGCAUGCAUCACCUCCAUCAGCCUCUUCUACGGUCCUUCGAGCAAAAUCGGCCCUUGCUAGUGAGACUUUUAGUUGUCGUAUCCCUAUUCAGGUGUACCCAACAAAUCAAGAUAUCCGGGCUCUUUUGGACCAUCAUUCCGGUAUGAUGAGUAGACGUUGGGUUAUUUAA